UAUCUGAGAAAGAAGGAAAAGAAAAAAAACACAGAGGAAAGCAAGGGUUGAAUCGAAAGGAAAAGAAAAAAAAUACAAUGAAAAAAAUCACAGGACAACUCAGAAAUCAAAAGAAACAAAGCAAUGGUUGAAUUGAUCUACACUCUGUUAUCAAAGCUGCGAAAUUUUUGUUUUAAAGUUAAAGUGUUUGGGAGGGUGGACCGAAAACUCUUUGACAAUGUUGUUAGAGUUUUUGAGAGAUAUGUUCCCGUUUGCAAAAAUCUCUCAUUCAUGCAAAGAUAUGAAGAAACUGAUAAAAGAUUUAGGCAUUGGGUACAACAAAAUUCAUAAUUGUCCAAAUGACUGCAUGUUGUAUUGGGGCGAUCAGAAAAACCAACAGUGCUGUUAUGUAUGCGGUCAAUCCCGUUGGAUGAAUAGAAAUACAGAAGAUGGUAAUGAGGAUGAAAAUGAUGCACAGUCAAAGAAGAAGCCAAUUAAGAUUUUGCGGUAUUUUUUGCUAAUACCAAGGCUUCAAAGGCUUUUCAUGUCAUCGAAGACAACUGAGUCUAUGACGUGGCACCAUGAUGGACUAACCAAUGAUGGAUUGUUAAGCCAUCCUACGGAUUCUUUAGCUUGGAAAUCAUUUGACAGUAAAUUUCCAAGCUUUGCAAGCGAUCCUCAGAGUGUGAGGCUUGGGUUAGCAUUUGAUGGAUUUAAUCCUUACAAAAUCAUGAGCACUGCGUACAGUACUUGGCCUGUAGUGCUUGUUUCUUACAAUUUGCCUCCAUGGAUUUGCAUGAAGCAAUCUUUCUUUAUCUUAUCUAUGAUUAUCCCCAAAGAGAAAGGUCCCGGAAAUGAUAUUGAUAUUUAUUUGCAGUCACUUCUUGAAGAGUUAAAAUAA